UCCACGCAGCUUAACGGCGCCAAGACGAUCUUUUGCCGUUGUCUUUUACUUCGGCCUUCCGUUCCGUUUAAAAAAAAUUGCGUCGUUUCAGCCAAUCAGAGACGGGAUAUUGAGUCAUCUCUCCAAUAAAAAUAAUCCACGUGUAAUACCUUACAAUAUCAGUCGUUUGCGACCUUCUACAUCGUUCGUAAAAGGGCUCUCUGGCAGUUAAUUUCUUCUCCAAUUCGGUUUCUUUUCCACCCUAAAUUCAUUUUUUCGCUCUCAUUUUUCUGCAAUUUCGGUUUCUUAUUGCUGGAUCUAUUUGUCUCCGGCGACAUCAAGGGCUGAGAAUGGAAGCUCAUGGCAGCGGAUUCCGCCGCGUGCUCGUGCUCGCCUUUUGCGUCGCCGGGAUUUGGUCCGCUUAUAUUUACCAAGGCGUUCUUCAGGAGACUCUGUCCACGAAGCGCUUUGGUUCAGACGGGAAGAGAUUUGAACACCUUUCCUUCCUUAACCUAGCACAAAAUGUCAUCUGUUUAAUAUGGUCAUACAUAAUGAUAAAGCUCUGGUCCAGUCGUAGCACUGGUGGUGCACCUUGGUGGGCAUACUGGAGUGCUGGUAUUACGAACACAAUUGGACCAGCUAUGGGAAUUGAAGCUUUGAAAUAUAUAAGUUAUCCUGCUCAGGUCCUGGCAAAGUCAUCAAAAAUGAUUCCAGUGAUGCUGAUGGGUACACUAGUUUAUGGUAUUAAAUACACAUUUCCAGAAUAUCUGUGUACUUUUCUGGUUGCUGGAGGAGUAUCUACAUUUGCACUCUUAAAGACUAGCUCAAAGACUAUCAGCAAGUUGGCGCAUCCAAAUGCACCCCUUGGAUAUGGACUUUGCUUCCUGAACCUCGCAUUUGAUGGAUUCACGAAUGCCACUCAAGAUUCCAUUUCAGCAAGGUAUCCAAAAACGAGUGCAUGGGACAUAAUGUUGGGAAUGAAUCUCUGGGGUACUAUAUAUAAUAUGAUUUAUAUGUUUGGAUGGCCGCAUGGUACUGGAUAUCAUGCCAUAGAAUUCUGCAGGCAGCAUCCUGAAGCAGCAUGGGACAUUCUCCUGUAUUGUCUCUGCGGAGCAGUAGGCCAAAACUUUAUCUUCUUAACAAUUAGCCGAUUCGGUUCCCUUGCCAAUACCACCAUUACAACAACACGCAAAUUUGUCAGCAUUGUGGUGUCCUCUGUACUCAGUGGAAAUCCUCUAUCAUCCAAGCAGUGGGGCUGCGUUGUAAUGGUCUUCUCAGGCUUAUCGUAUCAAAUCUACCUCAAAUGGAGGAAGCUCCAAAAGUUGCAAAGAAAGAGAAAGACCACCUAACUAGGAAAUACCACCACAUUGUAACCGAAGGUUCGAUGGUGUCCUUAAAUUAGAGGAGGGUAAUCUGAAAUAUUCAUGGAUCAUGUAGAUUUUUAUAGAGUGGUUUAGAAGAUAUAUGUUCAAAGUUUUGACUAUGCCUUUUGUUUUUAUUUUAUUGUAAUCAAGGCUUUUCGGGGUUGAGGACCAGUGAAGUUCUCUCCUUGAACCUUUUUUUUUCUUUUCUUUUUUUUGGAACUUAAAAGAAAACAGCUAGCUGGUGAGGAUAUGAAUGUAUACACUAAUGAUAAUAUCUAGAGUUAGUGACCUUGGGAGCAUUUACACCUCAAUCUACAAAGUCAAUGUAGAAAGAAACAAAAAGAAUAUGUUUUUAUUUAUCUAGAUAUGCUACGUUACUUUUUUAUGUGCUUAAUAAGACUUCUGAAAAGAAAAAUGUUUGUAGGAA